CGUAAAGCAGCGCGGCGGCGCGGGUCGCCCUCGGACGUUCUCGGUCCGUCAGUCAUGGCGGGUCCCGUGCGGGGCGCUGGGUCCCGGGGCCUGGACCUGAUCCGGGCUUUGCCUCGUGUGAGCCUGGCCAACCUAAAGCCCAAUCCCGGCUCCAGGAAGCCGGCGCACCGGCCCAGAGGUCGGAGAAGAGGUAGAAAAUGUGGCAGGGGCCAUAAAGGAGAGCGGCAGAGGGGAACUCGGCCCCGGCUGGGCUUUGAGGGAGGCCAGACUCCGUUUUACAUCCGAAUCCCAAAGUACGGGUUUAAUGAAGGACACAGCUUCAGACGCCAGUAUCAGCCUCUGAGUCUCAAUAGACUGCAGUAUCUUAUAGAUUUGGGACGAGUGGACCCUACACAACCUAUUGACUUAACACAGCUUGUCAAUGGGAGAGGUGUGACCAUCCAGCCACUUAAAAGGGAUUAUGGUGUCCAGCUGGUAGAGGAGGGUGCUGAUAUCUUCAAGGCAAAAGUAAAUAUUGAAGUUCAGAUGGCUUCAGAACUUGCCAUUGCUGCAAUUGAGAAAAACGGCGGUGUUGUCACUACAGCCUUCUAUGACCCGAGGAGUCUGGAAAUCCUCUGCAAGCCUGUUCCAUUCUUUCUGCGUGGACAGCCCAUUCCCAAGCGGAUGCUUCCACCGGAAGCACUGGUGCCUUACUACACAGAUGCCAAGAACCGUGGGUACCUUGCCGAUCCUGCCAAAUUCCCUGAAGCAAGGCUUGAACUCGCCAGGAAGUAUGGCUAUAUUUUACCCGAUAUCACUAAAGAUGAACUCUUUAAGAUGCUCAGUACUCGAAAGGAUCCAAGGCAGAUUUUCUUUGGCCUUGCCCCUGGAUGGGUAGUGAAUAUGGCAGAUAAAAAAAUCCUGAAACCUACGGAUGAGAAUCUCCUCAAGUAUUAUAGCUCAUGAAUUCCCUUCUAGAAUGCAGAGUGUGGAUAGAGUAUUAGAAAAGAGACUAAAGCAUGAGGUUUCUCAUUGUACUUUCCUGAUGUACAAUUUUUGAGAUGUUGAUGUUAUUUUUCAACGCAAUCAUCUCUUUUUGAUUUUCAUGUAAAAUUAAAAUAAAACUCCAGGAAGCAAGGACUGCAUGGAGGAACUGAGUCUUUAUGUUGUGCCUCAAAAAUGCAAAUUCCCUGGGUGCCUUUUGAGGGAAGGUUUUCACCAUUGUAAAAUUUCCUUUUUUUUUUUUGUAAAAUUUUCAUCAUUGUAGCCCACGCCUGGCUUCUGCUGGAACCAGCAGAGUGGGCCUGGGGACUGGUGCACGUGUUUGGGAUCUGGGCAGGUUGGGAGGGUUGGUAGGGCCCCAUGCUAGCAUGAUAUGCUGGUGGACUGGGUCUGGGGACCCCUAUAUGAACUUGGGUCCUAGAUGGGUGGGAAGGGCUCCAGGCCAAUACGCCACCCUGCCAGAAGACCAGACUUGGAAACCCAUAUGCUCCCAGGUACAGGGGCUAUGGAUUGUUCAGGGAAAGAGGUAUGGAGAUGUGUAGGAGAGGGGACUAUUGAGGGAGUAUGUUAUAGGUGAGACGUGACUUCUGGGGUACUCCAACCAAAUAAGCCACUGCACUUGCAGGUGGGUGAGGGGGCUGAGACCGAGCAGUUUUGAGGAGGGAGGCUGGAGGACCUUUCUGGGUUAGAUCAUUGCACCUCCCUUCAUGGGUGUCCUGGGCUGGGCUGUUUAACAUAAACUACUGCUGCCCACUGGUGCACUAGGGGUGGGAGCCUGACUGGCAAGGCUCAACCACAGUUUCUAUCAGGGAGUAUCACAACAGGGGAUGGAUCAUGUUAAGCUGGGCCAUUACACCAGCACACAAGAGAACUGGGUCUGUGGGGGCAAAUUCUGAGGGGAAUAUGUGGCUCACCCCAAUGGGACUGCAAUAUCUGCUGGUUUGCACAAGAACUGGGGGUGGUGACAGGUCAAACUAGGCAUGAGUAUUGAACUCACUGACACUUAGGGGAAUUGGGGUUGGAAACAGACCGGGCUCGUCCAGU